AUGAAAUUUGCUAAAGUUUUCCAGCAGACCCUCAUCGAGGAAGAAAUUCCGGAUGAGUGGGCAGAGGCUGCUAUCCAGUACAAGGUUCUAAAGAAGUGUAUCGGGAGGGUGGUUAAAGAGCUAGAGUUCUUGGGAUUGACUAAAUCAGAUGUGAAGCUCUUAUUGCAAGACGAAAGUGGAAAUGAAUCGGUUGAACUUCUCGACGAAGAAACUGUGCCAAACAACCCUGUUGUUGCGAAAUAUCUGUUGGCUAAGUCGAGGAAGUCCAACGAAGUUGUUCCUUUUUUAAAGAUUUCUGUCAACGAUACUACGAUCGACUCAAACGAGUCUCAGAGGACGCUAGAACUUGCUGAUGUCAUUCGCUCAAAGUUACAACGAGUUUUGGACGCUACUGACGAGGAACAUCAAUUUGUGGAGAUCAAGGAAGAUGAUGAUGGGUUGACUUUGUCCCCACAGACCUCUCACGAUGAAAAGAAUAUAGUGUCUGUGCGCAAUAACGAGAUUGUCGUAUUGUUGAAUUCAGAUUUGAAGUUCUUUGGAAUGCUCAACACCGAGAUAGAAAAUUUGGAUCAAAUUCGGAAGACAGAGGAGGCUAACAUUAUUCAAGAAAUAUCAAAGGUUUCUGAAUCUGUUCUGAAACUCACCGAGAAAAAGACUGAUCUAUACUUAUGGCGUGAAUUGUUCAAAAUCUAUCUAGAUUCUGAGAUAUUUUUUCGCUAUAACGAGACCUCACUGCAACAGUUAGAAAGGACUUCUGAUAUGAUAAAACAAAAUUUGGAAAUUUUCUCGGCCAAUGUUGCAAAAACUAAUCUUCUCGAGAAGAUGGCUAGAAAGAGAUCCGUUAACACAUUCGAUCGAUUUGUGGCGGUGAACGAGCGUUUGUUUAAAAUAUUGAUGUUUCAAUCCAUCAACACUACAGCUCUUCGAAAAAUUCUUAAAAAGUUUGACAAACAGACAGCUUUCAACGUGUCAUCCGAAUUCCCGGCCCUCAUUUCACAAGACCACGUCUUUAUUCACGGAUCUUCAUUAGCUCAGUCGAUUUGCUACACUAUACAAACUACGCUUCUCGUUAUCGUCCCUCAACUAGAUGAUUAUAGCUGUCCCAUAUGUGUCAGCAUUGCCUACAAGCCAAUAAGGCUUCUAUGUGGUCACCUCUUUUGUGUACGAUGUUUGGUGAAGAUGAAACAACGAGGGAAGAUGGAUUGCCCUUUGUGUCGACAGUCGAGAGCAAUAGCAUCUGCUGAUUCAUCCAAUUUGGAUUUGGAUGCCAUGCGCACUAUAAAGAUGGCAUUCCCGGAAGAAGUAAAGGAGAAACUCAAAGAAGCCAACAAGGAGAGAUACAAUGAAAUGGUCGGUCAGCACAAGUCUUGUGCAAUAGUUUAG